AUGGAUCACAGCUAUUCCAUGUUCCUCUUGGUUCUGGUCGUCCUGAGGACAAACCCAGCUCUUUUUGCCUGUGUGCCCGGCUGCGUGUGUUCCGACGAUAGCUUUGGCAGGAGUCUGCUGUGUUUGGCCUCCUCCAUGAAAAUCAUUCCAAGGAACAUCCCGUCCGAUAUCAAAAAACUUAGACUAGAAAGCUCUCCCCUCACCGAGCUGCCGCGUGGCUCUUUCUCCAACGGCAGCUCCUUGCGGUACCUCUGGCUCAAUUUCAACAACCUCACGGUGAUCCACUUGCAGAGCCUGGAGUCCCUGAGAGGCCUAAAGGAACUGAGGCUGCAGGGCAACAAACUGCGCUCAGUACCGUGGACAGCAUUCCAAGACACGCCGGCCUUGGCCAUCCUGGACCUCCAGCACAACCGGCUGGACGUCCUCCCCGAACACGCGCUGAAAUACCUGGCCAACCUGACCUACCUGGACCUGUCCUCCAAUCAGCUCACCGUGGUCUCUCAAGAAGUCUUCUUCAACUGGCCGGUGUAUCGGAGAAGCCAGCAGGCGGACCGAGGCCUGGAAGUCACGUCCAACGCCGUGUUGGCUCUCCACGCUAACCCUUGGAUAUGUGACUGCCGCCUUCGGGGCUUCGUGCAGGUGGUCAACUCCAUCGGCCCCCCGCUUAUUCUAGUGAACUCUUACCUGACGUGUCUGGGCCCUCCGGCGCUGGCAGGGCGCUUCUUCCAUGAAGUGGCACUCAAGGGCUGCACGAAGCCCCUCGUCUCCACCCCCGGGACCAACCUCACCGUCCAGAUGGGGAGGAACGUUACCCUGAAGUGCUUGGCCCAGAGCAGGCCUCCCCCAACCAUUGCCUGGACCUACCCGCUGAGGCUGCUGAGGGCCUUCGAUGUGUCGACGGUCCGCAUCGAGGAGGACUCGGUCGCAUCCGAGUUGGUCAUUCCCUCUGUGCUUUUGGCUGAUGGAGGCAACUAUACCUGCACAGCCAACAACUUUGUGGGCAACAGCUCAAUCGGCAUAGCCCUCCGUGUCCAAGCUCCCCGAUCUGCCUCCUCCUCUUCCUCCUCUCUUUCCUCCUCGGAGGACACUCCCUCCAUCCACAUGAGGAUCGCCAAACAGACGGUGUAUGGGAUCACCCUGGAGUGGUUCACCACAGCCGACGAUCCGGCCGAGACGUGGUUCACCCUCUCCUUGGGGAAGUUUGAAGCCGCGCAGAAGGACACGGUGUACAUCAGCCCCGGGAUCAACACGUACUCGAUGGACGGUCUCCUCCCGGCCACCAAGUACGAGGUGUGCAUCGCUCUCCGCAGCCAGCCCUCCCGCAAGGGCCAGUGCGUCGUCUUCAUCACGGGCAGCAACGUCAGCGAGUUGGAGCAGAGGGAGAAGCUGAUCCACAUCAUCGUCGUCGUGUGCGCCAUGGUGCUCUCCGUGCCGGUCGGCAUGUACGCCUGCACCACCGAAACCCACUUUGGCUACCUGGAACGCUGCUAUCGGGGCUGGCCCCGGAGGCGGAGGGGCCCCAGAUGCCCUAACGCUGCCACCGAGAGCAAGGACAGCACAUUCGACAGCCCGGCGGCGGGCAGCGAGGAGGGUCUCUGCCACGGGGACCCCCGAGGCCAGGACGGUGGGGAGCGGCUGGGGCUUGGGGCCGGAGAGUCUGACACGCCAAACCCCAACUGCCAAAAUGGUGCUGACCUCUACUAGCUAGAGUCCAGCUCCUUGGUAAAGGUGAGGCCGUUUGUGAGCCGGCAAGGAGUGUGGGGAUGUGGGGACUGGAUCCCCUGGGGCCGUGACGAUCAUCCCUCCUCCCAGGGCUGUCUCCUUUCUCCCUCUUUCCAGGUCUGGGGGGCCAGAACAACACAGUAGUGAUCCUCAGGCCGCACAGGUGGUGAACUCUUCUCAAUUGUGUUUGCAGGCGGCUCUGCUGCCAAAUCCAUGCAUACCCCUUUGCCAUGGAGAGAUGAUUGAUGCGUGAUCUUAGUGUGAGGGUCAUUUUUCCUUAGGCAUAGGCACACCCAAAUGACAUCUGUUUUUGUUUCUUCGUGCUCUAGGGAUUUGUAUAUAUUUACACCCAUGAACAGCAGGUGUGUGUCUGUGUGUGUGCGUCAUGUGUGUCACCUUUUAUCUCAUGUCCACACUCCCUCUCACCUUGGAAUAAUUCUCGUAUACUUGUGCAGAGACUAAAUUUCCCACAAUUUUUGUCUUUGAUUUUUCAGGUGAAAAUACUACCAUGGAAACAUCUCUAGAUAUCCACAGGCCCCCAGAUGCAUCCCAAACUCAGCCACAUAAACACUCCUGCCCUCUAGUUUCCAACCUCGCUGUUCAUUUGUUAGCUUUAUCUCCCCGAAGAUAUGCCUGGAGCCACAGGCUGGCAUCCUGGAAUGGUGUUCCUAGGAACGGAAUCUGCAUUGCCCUGCUCCUCAGCCUGGACUUUUACAGCCAUGUCUCUCUUUAGGGGUCAAAGGUAGGGAUGGCACACCCGUUCCUCAGGGCUUUCGACUAGGGUUUAGCUGGAACCCUUCCUCUUCAGACCAGUUGUCAGUCCCUGGUUUGCAAUAUGGAGACCUUGGGUCACCUUUCUCCCCACUGCCUUGUGCUACUUCCAGCUCCCUAGUAGGUGAAGCGGCCAGCAGUGCUUCAGUGAAGUGGAAACAAACAGGGGUUGAAUUUGUGCUGAUAGCUGCCUCGCAAGAUUAAGAAUCUCUGCCCCCUUAAACUCAUCUUUCAUGGCAGAGAAGUGGUCUUUUCACUUUUGAACCUUCUUAGGGCUGUACCGGCUCAAAAUUCCUUCAUUUUCUACACAGAUGAUACUGCAAAUAUCUCAACAGAAAGUUUUCUUUGUUCAACAUGAGAAGGAGCAGAUCAUGAUCCCGGGAAACCUCUAGUUUUGGAAUUAUUUGAUUUCCCACGCACCCUGGCUGGAUGUUCCUAAGAUUUCUGGCUGGACUGUGGCAGGGUGUUGUGGGGGAGGAGUCGUGUUUACACUUUUGGUUUGGGGCAGGCGGGGUUGGGGUCAGUGUCGGAAACACCCAUCACAUUUUCUCUUCGAUUCAGCCCCUGUGAACGUGUGCCAGAGGGUUCAGGGCCCUGGGUCUAGAGCCAGGGUAGGAGGAAAGAACACGAGGAGGUUGUGUUUCCACAGUUCUCACAGCGGCUGCUGUGUUGGUCUCUGUGGAGUGGGAGGCUGAUGGAUAGCUGUCCCUGUUAAUCCUUCAUGCUGGUGGCCAGAGCAGAGUGACACUGGAGAGAGAGCAGCACAUCGACGUGACCGGCAGGACUCUUGGCUUCCUGGAGAGUUUUGGAACUCCGAUGUAGUUCUCAUAGGCCAGCGGUGGAACCAAGAUCCAGCUGGUUCCAAUACUGCCGCUCGCAAAGAAAUCCUCUUCCAUCUGCACAGGCUGACACCCAACCUCUAGA